UUGGAUGUUGUUGGACUGCAGCUCCCAUCAGCCUUCACUUCAGGCCAUGCUGCCAUGUGCAGGUGGGCAAUGCAGUUCAGUAGCACCUGGAGGGCCAAGGCCUUAGAAGAUGAAUACAAAAGCUAUUAAAAUAUAAAGGGGAGCUGAGAAAGGAGGGACGAAGAUGAAGGCAUUGCUUUAUAAAGGGAGAAAGAAAGGGCUUAUCUUGGUCCAAGGUGAGUGUGUACUAGGUAGAACAGUAUGCUGGAGGCAAAGAGCUUUCCCAUGGUAUUGCACCAAAAUUUCAAGCACUCAAAGGUCUUUGCAAUCCUUGUUUCUUUCUCCAUAUGUUGCCAUUUUACAACUGUAGGCUGAGUGAUAAGGACAUGUCCAAACUUCGCUGGCUUCAGCUCUGGCACAUUUGCCCAUUUACAUUUGUUCCCAUUACUCCCUGCAGUGAAAGAAAGCAGCUUCACUUUGCAAGUACAACAGUGCUGGUGGUGUGGGCAAAGGAAAAGAAAUCAGAAUUUAAGGAAGGAGUUCUUCGCAGGACAAUGGCACUGGUGUCCAACAACACAGCGUUAAACUACCUCCUUUCAAAACUGCUAGAAGACUAUGAAAGCAAACCCAGCCACCCGACAGCUGCACCAGUCGUUGCAACAAAUGACCAUCUGGAAGUCAUCUACAUACUCCUAUUGCUUGGCUUCUUUGGCUUCUUCACAUUCGGAAUAAUGAUGAGCUACAUCCGCUCCAAAAAGCUUGAACAUUCAAAUGACCCGUACAAUGUGUACAUUGCCACAGACAUUUGGCGGAAGAGGGACAAGGCCAGCUUGAAAGCCAAGGUGAUGGAAAAUUAUAAAUCAAGCUUUGUCUUGGAAAACCAGCAUGCUGUAGAACAGCCCACCAGUCACAUUCCUGAAGUGAACCCUUCCUAGCAAAUGGGCAGCUAAUCUUACAGGCAUCAUACUGAAUUUUCCAAAACUGUGAAAGUAAGCAGUUUGUGGCCUAUAUUUACCCUUUUUAAGAAGAAAUGUACACCCCCUGCCUCUUCAGGGCUGGAUUUAGGUUUGAUAAGGCCCUAAGCUACUGAAGGUAAUGGGCCCUUUGUAUCUCCAGCUGUC